AAGAUGGUGAAAGGGCUUUUGAUGUGUUACAGUGUGAUAUUUGUAACUUUCUACGCCAUUGCAGCAUCUGGAUAUUGGGUGUUUGGAAACAGGGCAAGCUCCAAUAUUCUGCUGAGCCUGACGCCGGACACUGGACCUCCAUUGGCUCCCUCUUGGAUUCUUGGGCUCGCUGUCAUCUUUGUUCUUCUUCAACUCCUCGCCAUUGGACUGGUGUACUCACAAGUGGCAUACGAAAUAAUGGAGAAGCAAUCAGCUGACAUGAAGAAAGGAAUGUUUUCCAAAAGGAACCUUAUUCCAAGGCUCAUUCUUCGCUCAAUAUACAUGAUCAUCUGUGGCUUUUUUGCUGCUAUGCUUCCAUUCUUUGGUGACAUUAGUGCCGUGGUGGGUGCUAUUUGCUUCAUUCCUCUUGAUUUCAUUCUACCAAUGCUUCUCUAUAACAUCACCCACAAUCCUCCCAAAUCCUCCCUCACCUAUUCUAUCAACCUCGCCAUUAUUGUCGUCUUCACCGGGGUUGGACUCUUGGGUUCGUUCUCUUCUAUACGAAAGCUCGUUCUUGAUGCUUCCAAGUUCAAGCUCUUCAGUAAUCAUGUUGUCGAUUGAUCUAAAAAUACCUCUAAAUUUUGUAUUCAAUUUAAAAAUACUCUUAAAAUUUCUUAAA